UUCAGUGAGGUGCUGGCUGUGGAAUCAAUGGCCUAUCUCUACAAAGCCCUGAGCUUCCUUCAGGAUCUCUUUGAGUCAGUGGGGAUCCCAGAAGACCAGAGGCUAGAGAGGACGGAAGUGGUGAAAAGCCUUUUGGACAUGAUAAUUGCAGAGGAAGAGAAUAAGAAAAUGAGGCUUCUGGAGAGCAUAGCAUUACAUCGAAAACAACUAGACAGUCUGUGCUUUGAAUUAAAUGUGGAACAUUUUCAAGAGGAAGAGGGCAUCACCAUGCUGCAGCUGGAGAAGGACUUAGGCAUCCAACUGGAAGUCAGAUUAAAGCAGAAGGAGGAUAGGAAGCGUGAGCUGAAAAGGCUUCAAGAGCAAGACCAGGCCUUCUGUGAGCUCCUCCACACCACUCCCUACAGCAUGGACAGGGCCUCGGUGCCCAGCUUGGAGGAGCUGGACCAGUUCAGAUGCUACUUGGCGAGGCUGGCUGAAACAAAGGCAUGCAGACAGGAGGAAUUUAUCAGCGCAAAGAAGCAGAUCCUACUCCUUGUGGAAGAGUUAGAUUACACCCCAGACACGAGUGUUGAAAAGGAUGUUUUAUGUGAAGAUGAAGAUACUUCUGAUCUGUCAUUGGAAAAACUUGCAGCUCUGCACGACCUGCUACAUCAGUUAGAGGUGCUGAGAGCUGAGAAUGAGAUUGUGUGCGAAGAUCUACACUCUCAAAUCCAAAAGCUCUGGGACGAGUUACAAGUUCCUUAUGAGGAGAGAGAAGCCCUGGCUACAUUCAUGACUGGGUCAAUACCCAAGAGGAGAAAAGCGCUUCAGUCAGAAGCAGAUCGGCUGGAAGAGCUGAAGAUUCAGAACCUGAAAAAAGUGAUUGAAGCUGUCAGAGAGGAGCUGGCUCUGUAUUGGGAAAAGUGCUUCUACAGCCAGGAGCAGAGAGAAAUCUUUGCCCCCUACUAUGAUGAAGACUACUCGGAGACUUUGCUCCAGCUCCACGAUGCUGAGGUGGUGCAGUUGAAACGUUACUAUGAGGUGCACAGAGAGCUCUUUGAAGGCAUCGAGAAGUGGGAAGAAAACUGGAAGCUCUUCUUGGAGUUUGAGAGAAGAGCUUCAGAUCCAAGUCGUUUUAUUAACCGUGGUGGAAACCUCCUGAAGGAGGAAAAACAAAGAGCCAGGCUCCAAAAAACUUUCCUUAAGCUGGAAGAGGAAUUGAAAGCACAGAUUGAACUGUGGGAACAAGAAUAUUCAAAGGCCUUUGUGGUGAAUGGACAGAAGUUCAUGGAGUAUGUGAUGGAGCAGUGGGAGAUGCAUCGUUUGGAGAAAGAGAAAGCAAAGCAGGAGAGACAUCUAAAGAAGAGCCAACAGAUAGAAGUCGAAAUGUUUUAUGGCAGUACACCUAAAAUUCCUAGCAAGAGGGAAGGCCUGGGAUCCAAAAUAACAGGCAAAGUUCUCAAGUCCUGGAAUAUUGGUUCCCUGGGGCAAAAGACGCUCAAUACCAGCCAACGGGAGCAUAACAGGACCAUUGACUUGGAUGAGACUGUUCUAAACAAUGGAUAUUCUCAGCCAUCUCUACUCCAGGGAAACUUCCAGAUUCAUUCUGUUGCCAGCACAUAUUCUGAAUUUGUGGAUGAUUCUUUUGGUAGAGGAAGGGUGAAGAAUAUAUUUAGAAAUGAAGAUGAUAUGAAAACAGAAGGUACAGAUAAAAAUUAA